CUGAGCCCGCUGUGGCUGGUCAACAGCGUCAUGGCCGGCCAGGGGCGGCCGCUGGACGAGGCCGAGUAUCUAAUAGAUACGAAGCCCACAACGCCAGCCAAAUCAAGUGCACGUAAACCUAAAAUCGAACCCGCGUCUCCUAUGAGCAAGAGAAACUUGCAGCUAUUAAGACGGGGGCCGCUGGACUUACCUCCUCCCACGCCGGAGGUCGAAGAACCAGUGCAGGAUGAAAUUGUGAACCAUUAUUUGAGCCAAAAUAUGCCAGAACCAGAGCCUCCAAGAGAGAAGACACCAGAACCGGCAGCACCAAAUGCAACAGUGCAACAGCCUGACGUCACGUCCGACGUCACGGAGCAGCCGACUGAAGAAAUUGAACAGAUUUUUAGAGGCAUAAAGAUCGAAGUGCAAGGCUUGGACGAGGAAGCGAUAUGCGAGUUAGGGGCGGAAGUGGGGGCCGCGGGGGGCGCGCUGGCGGCCGCGGGCGCGGGCGGCUCGCACGCGCUCGUGCCGAUGGACUUUGAUCCUUCGGAGCUGGUCACUAGGGACGCCGAGGCUGUAACUGUGUUUUGGGUGUCGGCCGCGGGCGCGGGCGGCUCGCACGCGCUCGUGCCGAUGGACUUUGAUCCUUGCGAGCUGGUCACAAGGGACGCCGAGGCUGUAACUGUGUUUUGGGUGUCGGCCGCGGGCGCGGGCGGCUCGCACGCGCUCGUGCCGAUGGACUUUGAUCCUUCCGAGCUGGUCACUAGGGACGCCGAGGCUGUAACUGUGUUUUGGGUGGUAAGUUUUUAA